GAUGUUGUUAUUCUAUCAGCCGCUAGGACGCCUGUAGGUUGUUUCAAUGGAUCGUUGAAAAAAGUAUCAGCAGUCGAACUUGGUGCUACUGCAUUGAAAGCAGUCGUUGACAGAGCUGGGAUUAAACCUGAACAAGUCGAGGAGGUCUUCCUUGGUAAUGUCCUACAAGCGAAUCUGGGACAAUCACCUGCUCGGCAGGCGGUAAUAAAAGCGGGUCUUCCCACAUCAACCGAGGCAACAACGAUUAACAAAGUCUGCGCAUCCGGAAUGAAAGCUGUUAUAUUUGCCACACAAAGUUUAUUAUUAGGAGAUCGAUCGAUAAUGGCUGCUGGAGGGAUGGAAAGCAUGUCUAACGCGCCUUACUAUGUACCUAGAGGUGCUACCUAUGGACAUCAGUUUCUUGUUGAUGCAAUUAUAAAGGAUGGAUUUUGGGAUGGUAACUGCGCCGAAAAUACCGCAACAAAAUUCGAUAUUUCGCGCGAACAACAAGAUUCGCAUGCAAUAGAAUCGUACAAACGAUCCGCAGAAGCAUGGAAGAAUGGGAUAUUUAAAGCUGAAAUUGUGCCGGUAGUUGUCAAGGACAAAAAAAAGGAAAUUAUAGUGAACGAAGAUGAGGAAUAUAAGAACGUUAAAUUUGACAAGAUUCCAUCCUUGAAACCAGCAUUUCAGGCAGAUGGCACUGUUACGGCGGCGAAUUCGUCGACAAUAAAUGAUGGCGCAAGUGCGCUUCUACUUUCAACCCGGGCAAAGGCUGACGAACUUGGGCUAAAGCCUCUUGCUCGUAUUAUUUCAUACGGUGAUGCAGCCGUUGAUCCGAUAGACUUUACAAUUGCGCCGUCGAAAGCUCUUCCUAUAGCUCUCAAAAAAGCCAAUCUUGAAUUGUCCGAUAUUUCUCUCUUCGAAUUUAACGAAGCAUUCAGCGUUGUUGCUCGAGCGAAUGAGAAAAUACUCGGAUUGGAUCCUGCAAAGGUCAAUAUUGCAGGCGGUGCUGUAUCUCUGGGACAUCCCAUCGGAUCAUCAGGUUCAAGGAUCCUCGUUACUCUGACCCAUUUGCUAAAACAGGGGCAAUUAGGUGCUGCAGCCAUUUGUAAUGGAGGUGGAGCGGCUUCAGCUAUGGUGAUCGAGCGGCUAUAA